UUGAGAGCCAACAGUAAAAUAGAUUUAGUUGCAAAUACUCUUGAUAGGAAAUAUUGCAAUUAAAUAAAAAUUACAAUGAAAGUGGUAGUAUAUUUAACUGUUGUGAGUGUUUUAGUAUUUUCCACAAAUGGAAAUGUUCUAAAACCAUACCUAAAUGGACGAAUAUUUGGUGGUAAACCAGCAAAAAUUGAAGAAUAUCCGUAUCAAAUACAAUUAGAAACCAAUUCAGGAAGUUUCAUUUGUGGUGGUUCAAUUAUAAGUCCAACUGUAAUUUUAACAGCUGCACAUUGUACUAAUGAUCAAACUGUAAAAUCGAUAAUCGUUAGAGCAGGGUCAGCAAUAAGAGGAAAGGGAGGCGUGGUAAAAACUGUUAAAGAGAAAUAUGUCCAUGAAAAAUACUCCGUAUCUGAUUAUGACGUGUCUUUGCUAGUGCUCAACGAAGAUCUGGAAUUCUCAUCAUCGAUUCAAUCAAUCCCUUUGCCAGAUGAAUCUGAAUAUCUUAAAGCCAAUAAAUCCGCUGUAACAACUGGAUGGGGCAUCUCAGAUUGGGGAACGGGCUUGUUAGCCGAUAAUUUACAACAAGUUGUUGAACCGAUUGUCGAACAAGAAGCCUGUGAUAAUGUUUACCUAGGAGGAAUUACACCACGUAUGGUCUGUGCAGGAUAUUUGGAUUUGGGCGGUACUGGCGCAUGCUUUGGUGAUUCCGGAGGUCCAUUAGUAUCAAAUAACAAACAACAUGGUAUUGUUUCUUGGGGCUCGGGAACAUGUAUACAAAAAGGAUACCCCACUGUGUAUACAAGAGUCACAGCCGUGCGUGAAUGGAUUCGAUCGAAAGUUAAUAUAUAAGAAAAUGUAAAAGGCUAUAGUACAGUUAAAGAUGUUCCAAAUAAAGGAAAAUGAAAGAAACCUCUCGCAUUUUGUUAAAACCUCAUGAAAUGGGUUUCUUAGGUGUUAAAUAUCAUAAGUUACGCACGAGUUAGUGGCGCAAAGUUUCUAUUUGUUAAUAAUCAAUGGAAAGGUAAAUGUUAAAGUUCAUUUAACAAAUUAAUAAAUAGGGAACUUGAAUUACGUAUACGAUUGAAUUACGUAAAUGUAUAAUAGCUUUCGAUUAUUUGAGAGACACUUGACAUUUACGUCAUACAAGUUGCCUAAUUAUUAAUUUUUUAAAUGAACUAUUACUGUCCGACUUUGUAACAUCUUUUACUGUAAUAAAAA